AUGAGCCGCAUUCUAAAAAUGAGGAAUAAUGGGAGGCGGCAUGGAGGAAAUGAAUUUAUUAAUAAUAUUCCAAUGGCGAGGGAUGAAUUGGAUUGUAUGCCAUCGGCUUUAUCAAAACAAGAAGAACAACAAAAACAAAACCAGGAGAACGGUAAUACUCAACAAAAUCAACAGUGGCAACGACGUCUUUCUCCUUUAAAAAGGAGACCUUCCUUCUUUGGAAGAGCGGGGACUUCUUCAUCUUCUUCCUCCCCUCAAAGAAGACCAUCACCUGAGAGAAAAUGGUGGCCUCCACUAUUAUUGCCUUUGCUUUCAAAAUCUUCAACGACAAAUGGAAUCGAAAGAAUAGAUGAAAACGGAGCCAAUUCACUUCAAGAAGCGUGGGAAUCUUUAAAAAAUGGUGGUACAUCAAUGAGAAAGAGAAAUGGACAAAAUGAGGAAGACUUGGAUGAAUAUAAAGAGCAACAACUUCAGGACAAUAAAGGCCGAAAUGAAGAGUCAUUAAAUAGAAGAUUAUCUUCAACAUCUCUAAAACUGAAAAACAAAAACAAUUCUACAAAUAACAGCCAACAAAAAAGUGUCGUCAACACCUCUCCACCAUCAACUUUAAUAAAUAGUGAACUUCCUCCUAAAUGUACUACAUCUUCUAGCAGUUCAAAAACAUCAGAAAUGAAUGGACAUAAUAUCUCAAAACCGCAACCAAAACCAAGGCUAAAAUUAAAACAACCAGAAAAACAGGAAAAUCAGCAACAGGAUAAUAAAAUAAUGGAAGAAGAAGAUGAAGCAAUGUCAACUUCAAUUUUGGCUUCUGCUGCAUGGUAUAGAGACAGUAAAGGAAGAACCGGUUAUAGACCUCAAUCUGAUUCAGAACAAUCAACAUAUGGAUCUCGUGUUCAAAACAGUCCGGUUAAGAUGUUAUCAAACAAAACUCAAAGCCUUAUUGAUGCACAUUCUGUUUUACAAAAUGGAAAUAGUGAUAAAACAUAUUUCAACAAAAACAAUAAUUUUCCUCCACAAAUACUCAGACAUACUUCAACACAUCCAAAUACAUUAUUCGAUGACCAAAAUAUUUUUAAUCAUUAUGUAAAUUAUUCACAUUUCAAUAAUAUAAGAGGAGAACAUUCUUCUCCACCAAGAAUGUUAAGAAGAACAAAUAAAAGUAAAGAAUUAAUUAAAGAAGACAAAAAUGAUUUGAAUGAUUAUUUUAAUUUAAUUAAAGAAGAAAAUUUUAAAAAUAAAAAUAAUUUGAAUAUUUCACCAAUUGAAGAAAUGGAACGUUUAGCUGAACAAUUAAAAUGUUCAAGAAAUGGUUAUAAACAACAACAACAAUCUCAAAAAAUGGUUAAAUUUGCUGAAACUGUUGAAAUUAAUGAAAUUGAAAAAUUUGAAGGUAGCAGUACUUCAAGUAAUAAUUCGUGUUCGUCUUCUUCAUCUUCCUCAACAAUUUUUCAACCUGAUGAGAGUUUUGAGGAUGAUUUUAAUAUUUUAAAUGGGCAAAUAUUGGAAGAAGUUCCCCCAAGAAUUGAAGAAGGAAAGAAUAAUGAGAAAACAGAAAGACCAAUAAUGAAUGGAACAAGAGAAAGGCAAAGAGACGAAAGACGGUCUUCAACUUCUUCAUCGUCUAAAUUAAAAUCUCCAGAUGUAGGACAUGUUAUUGAGCAAUUCUUUAAUCAUUGUCAAUCACUUUCCUCGAUAAAUAAACAACCAAAACAACAACAAAAGAAUAAUGAUCAACAGCAACUACUUCUAUUUAAUGACAAAAAUGUUGAUACUUCCACUAAUAAUUCUACACCAAUUGAACAAAGAUCUUUUUAUGAUAAUUUGACUGAAGAAAAUGAAGAAGAACAAAAUAAUAAAAAACAAACAACAAAAAUAAUUAUUAAAAAUAGCGAAAAGGAACAAGAAGCUCAAUCAUCUUCUAGUAACAAUAAUUGGUUACAUACAAAAGCUAAAGUAAUUGCUCAACAAAAUUGUGGACCUUUAGAGUGGAGAAGAGAUGGAUCACCUCGUAGAAGAGUACAAAUGUUAAUAACUUGUGAUAAUGAUAAUAAUAUUCGAGAGGAAAAUUUGAAUUUGAGAUCUUCAAGUAUUCCUUUAAACUCAACCCAACGAAGAAAACAAGAAACAGUAAUAAUUCCUUCAACAGAACCUAAUAAUACAACAAAAUUGUCGCGCAUUCCUUUCAGCAAUAAUUAUGUAACAACUUCAACUUCUCUUGUUAAUAAUACCAUAACAAAGCAUUUACCCAGACAAAAUGUUCAUCAAAUAUUUGUUAAUGGAGGAGGAGAUUGUUCUGAAGUACAAAGAAAUAAAAAAAUUAAAAAUCAAUCUAUAAUUGUUAAAACAAAAAAUAGGCAAAAUUGGCCUUCAAAUUAUUAA